AUGGCUCCGCCACCUGCGGUGCCGGAAGCGGACCACCAGGACGACGACGACGGCAUCCCGGAAGGGACCGGGGUAGACCUGAGAGUGGCGGUACGUAGGCUCAAGGCCCGGAAUACCGCCCCAGGACCCGAUGGCUUGCCUGGCAAAGCCUGGGUCCUGGCCUCGGAGGCUCUCGGGCCCCGACUGGAGGGGCUCCUAAGCGCAUGCUUGGAGAGAGGCCAAUUCCCGCUUCGUUGGAAGACGGGGAAGAUGGUCCUCAUUCGGAAGCCGGGGCGCCCUGCGGACUCUCCGUCCGCAUACCGGCCCGUGGUGCUGCUCGACGAGGUGGGCAAGCUCUUUGAAAGAGUCAUUGCAAACCGCCUCGCCGAGCACCUUGCGGGGACGGGGCCGGAUCUUGCGGAACACCAGUUUGGUUUCCGCAAGAGGCGCUCUACGGUGGACGCCAUCAUGCGCGUGAGAGCCCUCACGACGGGGGAUGCAGUGGUCAGGGGGGGUUGUUUUGGCUGUGUCUCUCGACAUCGCCAACGCCUUCAACUCCAUGCCCUGGAGCUGCAUUAG